AUGGCUGCCGUAGAAGAUCCAAUUACAAAGAGAGGCGGGAUCCGAGAAUUUGUGAGGACUGAGCCAAGUUGGGAAACCCGUCUGGGAGACAGGUGGGAAUUCCAGGGACGAAUCCGCAAAACUGAUAGAGCGAUUAUUGCGCAUUUCAAAUAUGAAGACAGGGAAGACGAAGAUAACAAUCCCCCUCACACCAAAGAUAUAGUUGUCAAGAUUCGAUUUCGACGGUCUGCUCCAGGAGGUCGACCCAAUGGCUAUCCGGAAGGUUAUAAAGGGAUCGUUAGUGAAGGACGAUUUCUCCAAUAUCUCUCUGGAUACUAUGCCUGGCGCCCUUAUGACAAUCCCGACUGCAUACCCGACCGGCCUGAAAAUAUUUUGAGGCAUUAUCGUGACCAAUUAGUGCCGUCAGAUGAGACCGAAUCAAUCAAUCGGAAUGUAAUCUCAUUCUUGGAAUAUUGUCCUGGUAUUGUGAUCACUCGUACGCCCGAGGAUGAGACUCGGUAUUAUGACUUAGAUGUCUUCGAUAAGCAUAAUACUACAUUCAUUGAAGAGAUUGAUAUAUGGAUCAUCUUCAGGCAGUUUAUGAGGAUGAUUCUGAUGAUGGAGUGUGGCAGUGAGAUUCCGAGAAAUGCUCGUCAGAGGCGGUCUAUUUGGGAUACACAGGAGAUGGAAAUGUGUCAUUACGAUAUUCAGCCGAGCAAUAUUUUGAUUGGAUACAAGAAUCAUGAGAAAGACCGUGUUCCGGUACUUAAACUGUGCGAUUUCGGGGACGCGCUCCAGGUCCCUCGGUUUUUUGAUCAACAACGUGCCGGGAGGUAUAGUUUUCCAACCCAAAGAAAUGGCCGACCAGGCUACCAAGCUCCCGAACAACUCAUCCCCAACACAGAGCAUGUACAUCCAUUCCGCCAUGGCUCAUGUAGCAAUAUAUUCCAAUUUGCGAACAUUAUCCGUCUUCUAAUGCACGGAGGAAACUUUGCUCGACAUGAGAUACAUCCCGAAGAUCCAGCUUGGUGCGACGAUUACUUUGGAGAGUAUACCAACCAAAACCCAAGGACGUACGCAUAUUCUCUGUCGGAGGGCGAAAGCAGAGUAAAUAGACCUGGAUUUAAAGGAUAUAGCAACCAAUUAUUAGAACUCGUCCAAGAAUGCAUGAAGGAAAAGCCCGAAUCUCGACCCCGUCCCUUAAAUCUCUUUCACUAUGUCAACGACUAUUUUCAUGACUGCGACCAAUCUUACAACGAUCCCGAUUAUCCCGGACCAGGGGAAGAUGAUCUGCACCGCCAAAAGCCACCUCACAAAGCUGGGGCACCUAUAAUUAAAUACCCACCCAUCCAUCCUCUCUUCGCCCUCGCAACACUAGCCCCCCCUCAUUUCCGCACCCCGCAACCCAGCUGGGAGAAAGACUUUUCCAAAUUCUACGAAGUUGAAGAUUUCGCCUGGCCGCCCACGCCCCGCGCCCUAACCCCAGAGUGGCCGCGCACGUACGAAUACACCGAGGAUACAAUCUACAACGGCGACGAUCUUCCCGAACACGAACACUACGAGUAUCCGCGCUCGCAGCCGCAGGUUCCAGAAAGAUGCCCCCAUGGUCCGCCCAUGAUCGAUCAGAGACCCAGUGUGAAUAUUCCGGAUCGGAGAAUUGAUGCUCCUGGUGGUAUUGCGAGGAAUUUGGGACUUUUGAAGUAUUAUGAUCGCUUGGGUCAUAUGUGGAUGGGAGAGGAGAAUUAUUGGAAAAUGUUGGAGGCGGGCUUGAAUCCCGAGACGUACAAUUGGGGGAUGAGGAUUCCGGAUCCCGAAAUGGAUGAGGAUGAGAAGGCGAUGAGUGGGCCGGAGGUUGGGGAGUGA